UUAAGCGUAAGUAUAGUUGGUACCAGGAAGCUACCCGAUAACUUGGCAGAGUAAAUACCUGUCACGCCAGCUGCUGACAGCGUGGAUGUAAUGUGAGCUGAGAGAGUGGACUUAGUAAACAGAGGUCGGACAAAUGUUGGCUUAAAAUUAGUUCUUUAACAUAUCGUCACCCUGUUAAAAUAAUCGCCUUACUCUUUUUUUCAAAUUUUACAGAAAACACAUAAAACUUCAUCAAAAGUGUAACAAACGACAUUUAUUGAUCAUUUCACUCAAAAAGCAUGUAACAAAGGAUGGCUAUUGGCAUAGUAAUAACACUGUGUAAAUUAUGUAACUGUAAAUGUAAUGCCGUCUCUGUAGCCUCUGAGAUAUCUAGUUGGCAUUAAAUUACAUACGUUACUGCGUGCUGAGUAUAUGGGUUUCACUUAUUCAUUCAUUGAAUUUGAGUAUAAUAACAGUUGACAGUAUACUGUUGAACCAUCACGAUUCAGUUACACCUGCUGUUUGACCUGCAGCCAGUUACUAUUCUGGGAAUGGUACUGUACCAACCAGUGGUGGAAUGUAGCUAGGUACAUUUACUCAACUACUGUGCUUAAGAACAAUUUUGAGGAGUGUCAUGGCCAAACAAUCUGAUGACAUCACCUCAGUAAAGGGCCACACCCUCACUGACCAUGACUUUCACCAUUAUUCAGAAAUGAAUCGAGACAGGAUCUACAUGGACUACAAUGCUACCACUCCGCUGGAACCAGAAGUGAUUCAAGCCAUUUCUGAAGCCCUGCAGGAUGCCUGGGGAAACCCGAGCAGCACUUAUAUAGCAGGUGCUAAAGCCAAGGCAAUAAUUACUCAGUCCAGAGAGAAUGUGGCGAGAAUGGUUGGAGGUAAAGCAGAAGACAUAAUUUUCACAUCAGGUGGAACAGAGGCCAAUAAUCUGGUGCUCCACACUGCUGUAGAGCACUUCAGGAGAAGCUGCAUGGCUACAGAGCAAGCUGAAGGACACCAGAAUGGAAGCAAUGGCCUUCCUCACAUUAUCACCUCUAACGUGGAACACGACUCAGUCAAACUAGUAGCUGAGCACCUACAGAAACAUGGAAAGGCAGAUGUGACAUAUGUGCCUGUGUCUAAGGUCACAGCCCGUGUGGAGGUGGAGGAUAUCAUUGCUGCAGUGCAUCCCAACACUUGCCUCAUCUCAGUCAUGCUGGCCAACAAUGAGACAGGAGUCAUCAUGCCAGUCCAAGAAAUCUGCCAAAGAAUAAAAUCUCUCAACAAGCAGCCAGGUCGGAUCAGGAUCCUGCUCCACACUGAUGCCGCUCAGGCUCUGGGGAAAAUCCGAGUCGAUGCCUGUGAACUGGGAGUGGAUUACCUCACCAUAGUGGGACACAAGUUCUAUGCCCCUCGGAUUGGUGCUUUGUUUGUGAACAGCCCUGGAACAAAAACACCAUUGUACCCAAUGCUGUUUGGAGGUGGACAGGAGAGAAACUUCAGACCAGGCACUGAAAACACACCAAUGAUUGCUGGACUGGGAAAGGCUGCAGAACUGGUCACCAAUAAUCUGUCAGAUUAUGAGACUCAAAUGCAAAGUACGAAACGCUACUUGGAAGAACGACUGAAGACCGUCUUUAAAGACAAGAUCCACUUCAACAGCCAUUACCCUGCCUCCGAUAUCCUCCCUAACACAUGUAAUGUGUCCAUCCUGGGCCCAAGACUACAAGGCUGGAGGGUAUUGUCCAACUGUAGGAGGCUGUUGGCCAGCGUCGGCGCUGCCUGCCAUUCAGACAGUGGAAACAGACCUUCCCAUAUCCUUCUGAGCUGUGGCGUCCCCUCCGAGGUGGCGGCUAAUGCCUUGAGGCUGAGCGUGGGCAGGGGGACGACCAAAGCAGAUGUGGAUGCAGUUGUGGAGGAUCUGAGGGAAACUGUGCAGCUACUGGAAGUGAUGGACUGAUUCAUGUGCAUAAACACUUAACCUGUAGGUCAAAUAUGAACAUACAGAAUCAUUUGUUUUGAUUGUUACAUUAACUGAUCAUGUAAAAUCUAUGUAAUAUUUUAUAUAAACAUUAAAAGCUAAGAACUUGAAGUGA